AUGCCCCUCCCCUACGACCCCUCACGACGCGGUUCUAUUGGCGGCGGCCCUGCUGGCAGCCCACCCCAGCCCAACCAACAAGGUCUGCAUGCUCUCGCCGCCAUGUCGCAGAUGGCCACUGACACCUCCAAAGGGUCUCAUGAGCUCCCGCCGCCCCCGCCACACUUCCACUCUCGCCAAAUGCCCCCUCCCUCUCCGCCGAACCUCCCAUCCAGCGCGUCAUCGCUGUCGGCUUCUGCGCCGCGCGGGCCACCGAAUGCAUCGCCAUUCCCGAGCGUGCGCGACCUUUCAUCUUUCCAAUCACAUCGACCGGGCGGUGGGAUGUCGAUAUCAUCGAUCCUUGGUGGCGGCGAUGAGCGGAACCCACCCGGCUCGCCAAACGCGGCGAACAAUGCUGCGCCAACGCCGAAGUCCAUGCCGCCGCCAUCUCCAGCAAGAGCAAGGUCCUCAAGCAUGCGAGAGCCUGGCGCGAGGGGCUUCAGGGAGGCGAGUCCUCCUAGGAAUAUUGGUCCUGACCACCGACUUGGGACAGGUCCAGAUCGCGCCAUGAACGAGCCGCGCAGAGAUGGUAUGUUCGGUGCACCUCAAUAUCAACACGGCUUUCGAGCCUUCCAGCCGAUGCAAAUGGAGCAGAGGCCCGGCAUGAAUGGACAGGGUGCGCCAGGUCGUCCAAGCAGCCAACCCAUCGACAACCAUCCACCGCGCAAUACAGACAACAUCGCCCGGCGCGAACCCCCAUACGAAGGCCGCUUUGCAACGUUUCGGCACUUUGGAGAGCCACAGGCGCCGCAAGGACGAGGUGACAUGGGUGCACGACAUGACGUUGCACCCUUCCACAACGGUGAGGGCCCGACGUCGCAACCAGGUCCACGCAAGAUGUAUCACAGUCCUCAAAUGGAGCGCCAGCGUAGCCAAACGGGUCCAAACUUUCGGCCUGGCAUGUAUGGGACGCCGAUGCGCGAAGACCAGGCCGGUCUCUUCAGACCAUCAUAUCAGCAAGGCUUGGAAGGCCUUCGAGAACCAAUGGCAUCACCACGAUUUCAGGAUUUGCGUCGGGGUGAGAUGCCUCGAUCGUCGCCCCCUUUAUCGGACCUUGCAGCCGCCGAAAGGAUAAGACUGAGUUUGCUGGAACGGCCGCCAGCUGACAGGCCAAUGACAUUUGAAGAGCAUCAGCGCAUGGAGUUGAUGCAUCGCGAACAGCAGCAGAACAGGAAAGAGAGUGAUGGCUCUGCUCAUCGUGCGUUGUUGAACAUAUCGCCAGAGUUGAAUCGCAAGGGUCGCAACUCUCCGCUGCCACAAGCAGUGCAGGGCGCACAGCCCAGAUACGUUGGUCCUGGCGGGGACAAUCCGGGCAUCAAGAUGGAGUUCGGCCGGAUGUUCCCUGGUCUGGGCAGUGGUGUUGGAACAGCUACUCCAACGGCUGGCCAGUCGGCUAAUGGAACCACAACUCCAUCACGGAUGAGUCCAGCACGACACGUUGAGGGUGGGGACCUCGUCCGUACUGCUGUAGCAGAAAUUGAGAAUGGAAGAGGCGGGACCAAAUCUGGCGGAAGAGGUGGAAGGAAGAAUGCACGGCACAGGGUGGAGGAAGACGGACGAAUGAACGGCAACGGUACUGACACGCCUGACAAUCAGCGCAGCACCAAACGAUCGAAAACGAACCAUGCUGCACAUCACCACCAUCAUGUCCACCCGCGUCAUCAUCACCAUCAUCACCACCACGAUCCGAUCGACAAUGGCUCAAGUCCAUUCAACACGCUCCGUUUCCCAUCAGCCACUCCAGCCGCUCCGCAUCCCCACCAUCAUCACACAUCUCAUGCCCAUCCAGGCCACCACCAUCAUCAUGCGCCUCGGGCGUCAAUCACACGCAAGCCCACGACAACCGUUAUGAGCAGAAGGCUUGUCGAGGAGGCGGCAAAGAAGCCACGGAAGCACCUAGGAUCGCAGGUCUACACUUCCGAGCUGUCGAUGGCGCCCGCAGGAGAGACACCACUGGAUGCGAAGAUUAAAUUCAGCAGCAAGAUGAGACCGAUACCUCGCUUCGAUGGCAAGGAAAACUGCACGUACACAGUUCGCGUGCCUCGCUUGUACUUGGGUGGUAUUAGUGCCGGUGGUGAGAAGUCGGACAACGAAUACUUCCAGGAGAUCUGCAAGCAUCGCAACGUAUGGGGCACAGACGUCUACACCGACGAUUCCGACGUCAUCGCAGCCGCUGUGCACGCCGGCUGGAUCAAAGGCGACUUUGGCGACUACAACGACGACAUACGCGAAAUCUGCGGCAAUGAAUCCGAGCAGGACGAGCCGGAAGACAACAACCUCACCACGCUCGCCAUCAAGCCUCGACGACCGGUCAAAGUACCACCUGGCUGCGACGCGCAGUUCACGCUUCUCAUCCUGCCACCCCUAGAAUCUUAUGCGAGUACGAAUCAACACCACAUCUGGUCCCGCGAGUGGAAGGGCUCGCACGACGGGAUGUCGUAUAUAAUCCACCGGAUCGACUUCGUGGAGGAGAGCAGUACGAACCGUCUUGUCGAGCGCUCUGCUAUGGGCCGGAAGCAGCGACUGGCGAUGGAGGAGGCGAAGAGGAGGGAGGCGGCUGCUGGGCUGCUGAUGUUCGCUGGGGGAGGGGGAGGGGAUGUGAGAGUUGGUGCUUGA